GCGUUAGCCUGCCGGCGCGCGCUCCCGUCAACUAAUUCAUUGUAUCGGGCAGAAAGAGGAGGAAGCAGCGAUCGACUGGGGCUGACUGGAAAGCCGCUUAGCUUCGACAAAUACUGAAAAACCCGACCGCUCGACACGUAAACUGAAGGGAUGGCAGCCAUCCGUAAGAAGCUGGUGAUAGUUGGAGAUGGAGCUUGUGGGAAGACCUGCCUUCUUAUAGUCUUCAGCAAGGAUCAGUUCCCUGAAGUCUAUGUUCCCACGGUGUUUGAAAACUAUGUUGCUGACAUCGAGGUGGACGGCAAGCAGGUGGAGUUGGCUCUCUGGGACACAGCAGGUCAGGAGGACUACGACAGGCUGAGACCCCUCUCCUACCCAGACACUGACGUCAUCCUCAUGUGUUUCUCCAUAGACAGCCCUGACAGCUUAGAAAACAUUCCUGAAAAGUGGACCCCGGAGGUCAAACACUUCUGUCCAAAUGUCCCCAUCAUCCUGGUAGGAAACAAGAAAGAUCUACGUAAUGACGAGCACACACGCCGAGAGCUGGCCAAGAUGAAACAGGAGCCGGUAAAGUCGGAGGAAGGCCGGGACAUGGCAGGGCGCAUUGCAGCUUUUGGUUACAUGGAGUGCUCUGCAAAAACUAAGGAUGGAGUACGGGAGGUUUUCGAGAUGGCCACCAGGGCAGCGCUCCAGGCCCGUCGUGGGAAGAAGAGCAAUAAAUGUGCACUGCUGUAAAAGGGCAGACAUAUUUGGACUGUUUUCGUCCUGGGCUGUUACACCCAGGGAUAGGGCUCAGUGGGGAAGGAGGGAUUACUAGAAAGACAGGGAGGGAAGGGGAAAUAAAGACUGCAGUACAUGACUACCGCUGUAAACUGGCUGUUUGUUGGACUCUAUUUACCCUAGGACUUGGGUUUAGGAAGGAGGGAGCAAAGGAACUGACUACCGCUGUAAAGCAUCGGGCUCUUCACCUGUGUGUGUUUCAUUGGGGCGGGAGAUUAACACCAGCUACCAGCCAAGAGUUGGUUAUAUUUGGUCUUUUUUUUCUGUUUUGCAAGCCACUGACACUGAUUGAGAAAUCCCAGUCCACUGUCAGACUGGUUAAACUUGGUUUUUAAGCAGACUGGAGUUAAAUUAUUUACUAGGAGACGACUAUUCAGGUUUUAGUUUGGAUUUAGGGCUGAAAUUGGAUCGCCCCAAAGAUUUCAGAUGAUGCAGGCAGCAAACCAGAGCAGUAGUUCUCAAUUUGUUUUUUGAAUGCAGUGACAAAAUUACUUGAACUGGGUAUAACACCAGUGAACAUUAGCUGUCAACAGGACUAUCCUAGAUCUUUCUGUAAGAUACCAAAUGAGCAGACUGGGUAGUUUAACCUAGUGUGCUCCCAUGCUCAUACCUCUGUUGCUUGAUUCUCUCACUGGGUCUAAUCCUGUGCUCAUAGACUCUGAGACAAACACUUUGAGGUUUAGCCUGGCUAGGAUAAUCUACAGGUGACCUGUUAAUACAUGCUUCAUCCC